AAAUCAACCAAAGAACAUUCCGUUUAAAACCUUCUUUACUCGGUUCAAGAUCCUCACUUUCCCAGAUGUUUCCAAUCUCACUUUCCCGGAAAAUAUUUUUCGUUUAAUUAUAACCAAAGAAAGAAACUGUCCACUUGUCACCAAUUUGACUCCCCUCUCCUCUUCCCUUCUUCUGUUGAAUCUGGCAACCCAUUUGACCAUUCUUCACCUGCCGCUUUCUAUCUAGCAGCCUGCCAUCCAUUAUAAAGCAAAAGAAACAAAGAAAACAAAAGGAAAUAAAAACUAUCAGGGAAAGUAAAGGAACGGGAAAAUGAAUGAUUUGUUUUCUGGAUCUUUUUCUCGCUUCCGUAGCGAAGAUGCGUCGCCGGACCACCACGUUAUCCAGAUGUCCGAAACACCGUCCGCCGGUGGUGUCAAUCUCAAUAAGUUCUUUGAAGAUGUUGAGUCUGUUAAAGACGAGUUAAAAGAAUUAGAGCGACUCAACCAGUCUCUGCAAUCUGCUCAUGAACAGAGCAAGACUAUACACAAUGCUAAAGCCGUCAAGGAUUUGCGGUCGCGAAUGGAUGCUGAUGUGGCACAGGCGUUGAAGAAGGCUAAGUUCAUCAAGGUUAGGUUAGAGGCGCUGGACCGUUCCAACGCUGCUAAUCGGAGUCUGCCUGGCUGUGGACCGGGGUCUUCAUCGGAUCGGACUAGAACUUCUGUGGUCAACGGGUUGAGAAAGAAAUUGAAGGAUUCGAUGGAGAGUUUCAAUAGUUUGAGGGAGAAGAUAUCGUCGGAGUAUAGAGAGACUGUACAGAGAAGGUAUUUUACGGUGAACGGUGAAAAUCCCGAUGAAAGAACACUAGAUCGCUUGAUCUCUACAGGUGAGAGUGAGACAUUUCUCCAGAAAGCAAUUCAAGAACAAGGGAGAGGAAGGGUUUUGGAUACAAUUAAUGAGAUACAAGAGAGGCAUGAUGCAGUCAAGGAAAUGGAGAAGAAUCUCAAGGAGUUACACCAAGUGUUUUUAGACAUGUCAGUAUUGGUGGAAGCUCAAGGUGAGCAAUUAGAUGAUAUUGAAAGCAAUAUGCAGAGAGCUAAUUCCUAUGUCCGCACCGGAGCCCAGCAGUUGAAUACGGCCAGAGUUUUACAGAAGAACACCCGGAAAUGGACUUGCUAUGCUAUCAUUAUUUUGCUGGUUAUAAUCUUGUUUGUGGUAUUGUUCACUGUCAGACCAUGGGAGAACAAUGGGGGAGGGGGUGGAGGAGGUGGCGGCAAUGCACCAGCUACUCCUCAGAUUCAACCUCCUCCUCCUCCACCGCCGCCGCAGGCUUAGGUUUUCAUAUGUUUAUAGAUUUAUAUAUGGUGAUUAUAUGCAUAUAUGUUAUUUUUUUUGGAAUACUUGUUAGUUUGAAACUUGAGAUUGAUUGAUUUUUUUGUCUGAAUAUUUCUUGAUUGAUUUUUCUU